AUGUCCCAGUCCACCUCCAUACCCAAGAAGCAAGAAAGAGUCCGAGACCAUGGCUACGACAAUUACAUGGAGGUUGAGAAGAAGACCCGCAAGGUCCUCAAAUUCCAGGACCUCAUUCUCUCCCAGCCUAACCAAGUCAUCCAAAUCUCCCGCCUCGACCUCCUCGCUCGCCGCUUCGGUUUCAAACAGAACGAAGCUGGUGCUUUCGUCCUCAAAUUCCCUCAUGUCUUUGAGAUUUACGAGCACCCAGUUCAGAGAAUCCUUUAUUGUCGCUUAACCCGAAAAGCCCACCUCCAGAUUGAGCAGGAAAAGAAGGCUCUCAUCGACCAAAUCCCUGACGCCGUGACCUGUCUCAGAAAGCUUUUGAUGAUGUCUAACACCGGCCGGCUCCGCCUCGAGCAUGUUCGGAUUGCAAGGGCUGAAUUUGGGCUGCCUGAUGAUUUCGAAUACUCGGUAAUUAUCAAGUACCCUCAGUAUUUUAGACUGUUUGAUGCGCAGGAAACUAGGAAUAAGUACAUUGAGGUUGUUGAGAAAGACCCGAGUUUAUCUGUGUGUGCUAUAGAGAAGCUUAGGGAGAUAGAGUAUAGGGAAAAAGGAAUUGAUGCUGAGGAUAUAAGGUUCUCAUUCAUUGUGAAUUUUCCACCCGGGUUUAAGAUAGGAAAGUAUUAUAGGAUUGCAGUGUGGAAAUGGCAGAGAGUUCCUUAUUGGUCACCGUAUGAGGAUGUUUCCGGUUAUGACUUGAGGUCACUUGAGGCUCAGAAGAGAAUGGAGAAGAGAGCAGUUGCUGUGAUUCAUGAGUUGUUGUCGUUGACGGUGGAGAAGAAGAUUACAUUGGAGAGGAUUGCCCAUUUUAGGAUGGCUAUGAAUUUGCCAAAUAAGUUGAAAGAAUUUCUUCUUCAGCAUCAGGGUAUUUUCUAUAUUUCAACUAGAGGAAAUCAUGGGAAGCUUCAUACAGUGUUUCUUAGGGAGGCUUAUAAGAAGGGUGAGUUGAUAGAGCCGAAUGAUUUGUAUUUGGCGAGAAGAAAAUUGGCUGAGUUGGUUUUAAUAAGCCCGAGGAAGGCAAAAGUGGAUAGGGAAUUGGUUAGUUACCACAGAGAUUGGGAGGAUGAUGAGAGAGGGCAUAUUAGAAGAGACCAUGUUGAGAAUUCUUUUGAAGAUUUUGGAGGCAGGAACACCAUUGGGCAGGAUAGGGGCGUGGAUGAUGAUAUGAACUCAGAUAUGGGUGGUGAUUAUGACUCCGAUUGA